UAGAUGUAGUCAAAAGGCAGACAAUAUUAUUGAAAAAUGAGACAAAACUUUUUAAAAAGCAUUUCUCAGUUAAUACUAUACAGUGAUAGACAACACGUUUAAAAGCAUUGAAUGCUAUUGAGAGCCACGUGUUGUUGAAUGCAUAGUAAUUGCCGUUUUGUGUCUAGAAAUUAGUUUGUCUUUUAUAUUAGUUAAUCAUUGAAUUGAUUUGGUGUCUGACAUACCUAUCAAUUAGUGGUGACUGUGUUUAGCUGUAUAUUAAUGAGUCUAAGUUUGCCGAUAAUGUAAACAUAUGUUUCACUCAUUAUCACUACAAAUGCGAAAUAUAAUAAACGUAAGCCCUAUAGAGGAGCCCCAGGGCCUCCACAUGUCUACCCCACACCACCACCAUAACCAUCAACAUCACAGCACCGAAACUGUUGUCUAUCAGUUCGAGAUUCCCCAAUACCUUUGCGGUCGACUGAUCGGCGAAAAGGGUCGGUUCGUUAUGUCCAUCAAAUAUAAGACCAAUGUUAGUGUUGUAGUGAAUCGACACUAUUUUGUAAGUGAUAUGAAGAUAUGCACCCUUACAGGCAUACGACCGGCUAUUAAGGAGGCCCUCAAUAUGAUUAGGAAACGAUUUCCCAUUCAAUUAUAUCCAAGCGUUUCAUUACAACAAAUCAAUUUACUCAACACAUCCCAAACCUGUGCGUUACCACAAACAUGUCAGCUUCAACUUCCAUCGGGUAUCUCUUGUGAUGUAAUAUUGUCGAGUUUGGUCAGCGCCGGUCACUUUUUCCUGCAACAGCCCACGCAUCCCACUUAUCCAUCGCUCAACCGAUUAGACUACUGUAUGAAUCAGACCUAUUCACAAGACAACACUCCACAGCUUCCAAACAUUCAAACCGGUAUGAUAUGUGCCGUACCGUUGAUGGGCGGUUGGUUUCGGGCAGUGAUCAUCAAAGUGCACAGUAAUGAUGAGUGCGAUGUGAUGUUUGUCGAUUACGGCGGUUUCUCGCGACUUCCGGUGUCAACAUUGAGACAAAUCCGCUUUGAUUUCAUGACUCUGCCCUUCCAGACAUCGGAAUGCCAUUUGGCAAAUGUCGAGCCUAUAGACCCGGAAAUUGGAUGGACUCAAGAAGCCAAUCUAGUUUUUGAGGAGUUAGCACAGGGACAGAUACUUCAAGCCAUUGUUGUCGGAUAUACGGACAGUGGCAUACCAUUGGUCAAUCUCUUUAAGAUACAAGGAGUCACUACAAUAUUUAUUAACGAUGAACUCAUCAAACGAAGUCACGCCCAAUGGACUAACUGUUCGACAUCUAGUGAUAGCGGACUAACAGAAGAGGCCGUGGAAACUGAGGAGGAAGACGCAGAUGAACGAGUAGAUGACACUGUCGACGGUUUAACUCAUGAUUUUGUGAAAUUAAAUACUGAAGAAAAUAAUAAUUUAAGUGAAGACACUUCAGUCAUAUUGACCAAUGAUUCAUCAAAAGUGAUAGCAAAUCAUAAAAAUGAAUUAAAGUCUAAACAAUCGAUUAGUUCAUCAAACAAUAGAAAGGAUGAUAAGAAUAGUAAUGACAAACUUGACGGUCAAAACAAUGAAGACAUUGAAGACGAUAUCGAGGAAAGCAGAGCCGAGACAUUGACGGACACUGAGGUCGACGAAGAGUUGAAAACUUUGAACGUUUACCAAGAAAUUUGUGAUCUUCAAUGUGAUGUUAUUUAAGAUUUAUAAUAAUAAUUAUUAAUACAUAUAUUAUUGCUAUUAUUCUGUUAUCUCUUAAAUGUGAGACCAAAGACCAACUAUUAAUGAAUGAAAAGAAAUUUGUUUUGUGAAUGAAUUGAGAGAUCAAUUGUUUUGGGCUAUUAUUGAUUGCUAUGUUAUAUAUAUUAUAUAUAAACAUUAUAUCUAUUUCGGUGCUUAUUUAGACAGAUAU